AUGCCCGUCUCUACGAUCCUCCUUCUCAGACACGGCCACCGCCUGGCAUGGUCACUCGAUCCGAACACAGGCGAAUAUUCCUCCUCACAUCCCUUCCCCACACGACUCCCAGCCGAUCCACCACUGGCGUCGCAUGGCGUCAGUCAGGCGAAAGAGACGGGCUCGUUCCUGUCAAAAGAACUGUUCAAGCUUGCACAGGAGCAGCGGUUGGUGAUAUACUCGAGUCUGUUUUAUCGGUGUUUGGAGACUUUGCGGCCGACUGUGGAGUGCCUGCUGGAGGCACUGGACGACAACGACCGUGGGAAAGGACGGAAGAGUCUACAAGUACGGGGCGAGCGAGGACUGGGAGAGUGGUUUGGUCACGCGUGGUUUGAGCAGCCUGCGCCAGCGGAGCCGCGGUUUCUGAAGGAGAAGUUCUUCCCCUGGGUGGACGACACGUACCAGUCUUUGGUGAUACCAGACCGGCAUGGCGAAAGGAUAGAGGACUUGCAUGAGCGGAUAAAACGAGCGCUGAAGGCGGUGGUGGAUGACGUGGAUCGCGAGUAUGCAGAGGCUGGCCGAGAACGAGAGGAGGUGACAAUGCUGAUCUGUGGGCACGCGGCGCAGAUUAUCGCAAGCGGCAGGGCACUGACUGGGUGGAAGUUGGAGGAGCGGGAAGAUGGUGAGGGCUAUGACGAGGACGACUUUCAGUGCUUCACAUGCGGCAUUUCGAGGUUUGAGAGGAAGAAUGAGAAGGUGCUGGGUGGCUUUGACUGCACAAGCAACUCGGACUGCUCGCAUUUGAGUCAGGGCGAGGAACGGGGCUGGAAGUUCCACGGCGACGAGAGCUUCGACUCAUACGGCGCUGCGCAGAGCAAAGGCGUCAAGGUCAGCGAUGGUAGUUUUGGCGAUGGGUCGAAGCUGUGA